CCAGCAAUCGAGGGCUGUGGGCGCCCCAGGUGUGAAGCACGGGGGCGACAGGGCCUGCGCGGGGGCAGAAGGAGGAACUCCGGCCCCUGGGCCCCCUCCCCGGCCCGGGCUGCAGCCCCAGGGGCGGGCCUGGACCGUCCCCUGGGGCGCUCUCGCCCAUUUUACAGAUGUGCAGCCUGAGCCCCUGAGGAGGAGGAGGGGGAGGAGGAGGAGGAGGAGGCGUGGCGGCGGGCCAAGCCGGGAAGACACCUCCUCCCCGCCGGGGAUCACCUGGGCCGGCCCCGGGGCCCGCGGGCCGGGCGGGAGGGCCGCCGCCUCUUCAAAGCCCAGCAGCCGGCGACCGCGAGCGCCCCGCAGUCCUGCCGCCCGCGCCCCGCGACGCGCCGGCCCCGCUGACGGCAGGGAAUAAAGGCUCAGUGACCGCCAGUUCUGCCCAGGAGCUCACCUGCCGCUCUGAGCCUCCGGCUGCCUGGCUCCUGCCUCCCCCCAGGAUGGACACACGGACUGUACUGCUCAUCCUGCAGACCUCCCUACUGCUCCCCCUGGCGGACGGGGCCAACCCAGUCCUGCGCUUUGUGGCUGUGGGUGACUGGGGAGGGGUCCCCAAUGCCCCGUUCUACACAGCCCGGGAAACGGCCAAUGCCAAGGAGAUUGCCAGGACCACGCAGACCCUAGGCACAGACUUCAUCCUGUCCCUGGGGGACAACUUCUAUUUCAGUGGCGUGCAGGAUGCCAACGACAAGAGGUUUCGGGAGACCUUCGAGGAUGUCUUCUCUGCCUCCUCUCUCCGCAAUGUGCCCUGGUACGUGCUGGCCGGCAACCAUGACCACCUGGGGAACGUCUCUGCACAGAUCGAGUACUCCAGGGUCUCUCAGCGCUGGAACUUCCCCAGCCCUUACUACCGUCUGCGCUUCAAAGUCCCUCGGUCCAACGUGUCCGUGGCCAUCUUCAUGCUGGACACGGUGACGCUGUGCGGCAACUCGGACGACUUCCUCAGCCAGCAGCCGGAGAGGCCCCGCGACGCAGCGCUGGCCCGCACACAGCUGUCCUGGCUCAAGAAGCAGCUGGCGGCGGCCAAGGAGGACUACGUGCUGGUGGCCGGCCACUACCCGGUGUGGUCCAUCGCCGAGCACGGGCCCACCCGCUGCCUGGUCAAGCAGCUGAUGCCGCUGCUGGCCACGUACAAGGUCACCGCCUACCUGUGUGGCCAUGACCACAACCUGCAGUACCUCCAGGAUGAGAACGGCGUGGGCUACGUGCUGAGCGGGGCUGGAAACUUCAUGGACCCCUCGAGAAAGCAUAUGCGCAAGGUCCCCAACGGCUACCUGCGCUUCCACUACGGGGCCGAGGACUCGCUGGGCGGCUUUGCCUACGUGGAGAUCAGCCCCAAAGAGAUGAGCGUCACGUACAUCGAAGCCUCGGGCAAGUCCCUCUUCAAGACCAGACUGCCAAGGCGAGCCAGACCCGAGCACCCCCGCGUGCACCGCUCUAGGGCCUGAGGCAGGGGGCCUCCCUGCUGGAGGGUGGGUGGCCGGGACCGUGCCUGUGGGCCUGGGCUGCGGCGGCAGAGCAGAAGGAGAACCACAGACGAGGAGCGGUGGUGCCAGGUGGCCCUUGUCGCAUAGAUGCCACGUCUGUGAAAGCACUGCGGGCACGUGGACCAGCCGGAGUGCUGUGCCCCGUGGUGAAGCUUGUCUAACCUGAGCUCCACGCGGUGGGGAGGGGGAGGGCGCAGGGAGGGAAAGCUUUCUCCUGAACCAAGCACCUGUCACUGCCGAAUAUUCAAUAAAAUAGUUGCAGAGGCUGAA